AAAAGACUAGUAGACCUAUAUAGGUUCUAGUCAAGGAGACAACACAUUAACGAGUUUAAAUGCCAACACCUGAAACAGACUGUUUAUGUCUAUAAAGUGUACGGGUAAAUAGACACUGUUUGGCGUUGUUAUGCAAAAGUGACUUUCUUUGUGUCUUGGUUGAAUGGACGUUUGUGAUAUGUGUCAGACAGGCGCUUGUCUUUAGUGAGUACUGAAUCGAUGUAAAGGAAAGCAAUGUACCGGUAUACAUAUCACCUGGUGUAUAAAUAUUGAUUUUCUACAGUUGAAGACAAAUAUACGAACCAUCGGGAAAAGGAUUUGCACUCCCAUGUCGAGGCAGAUUUCAAGUAUAUAAUCAUGACAGACUCCUUAGAAUCUUAUUCUCACGCCCAGACCACCAUCAGACAAGCCAUUUAUAACAUAUAUGAAACACCUAUGGAUAUUUGGAUCGAACGUUCAUCAUGGAACUGAAUACCGUUGCUGUGAAUUUUGUCUUUAUGUGAUCUGCGAUGAAGAGAAACCUAUAUGAUGACAGUCUGCAUUGAACGUGAAGAAGAUCUUUUAAAGUAGUUCUAGGAACGGUGUUUACAUUAGGCAGUCGAUCUCUACAGGGAGUGAAGUGGUCUUUAUUAGAAGUGAAAUCUACGUCCUAUAAACACUAUGGUACGUUAGUACGCCGGAUUUGUAAAUGAAGUGUAUUCCAAUUAGAACAGUGACUUAAUGGCCGUAUACAAUGUGUUUUAUUCAAGUAACAAGCGACUUCCGACUUCCAUACCCCCGGACGAUCAAUUGAGAUAGCAUAUAGUUUGAUCAGACAAUUGAAUUAACAUUAUCGUCCUUUGUCAGUUUCUCAAUUUCUUUAACUGAAUUAAGCAGUAACCGUUUUAGACUCUGCUCUAUGUACAUUUUUCCAAUAUCACUGUCGACUUCUUUUGAAAGAUAUUGACCUUGUGCUGAUUCAUAUGAUGUUCAGGUAAUAUAUCGAAAGAGAUAAUCGACCGUACGUUUUGCUAUGAUAUGAUGUGCUACCUCUGAUGAAAACAGAGGACACUUGUCUGAUAUAAUUCAAAGUGCAUGGGAUGUACUACUGGAUCCAACAACAUGAAGAAGAUUGGUGACAAAUUAUUAUUUAAUUAUGAUUCUGUCUUAGCAUAUUUUAGUAUAUAUACUUCGGUAUGACAUUUGAGUUAUAAAGUGUUUCUAUCAAACAUCAGCUCGCAUUGUGGACAUCAUUUUGGAAUUGAUAUAAAUCCUAUUUGGUGAUUGCCUUUUAAUCAAACGACAACAUGAAGGAUGUAAACACAGAAAUCAUAUUAGAUCGACGAAAGAUUCGAGGGGAGGUAACUCUCAGCGAUUCGAAGGAGGUGACGUCACAAAAUAAGUGGACCAAUGAAAAUGCAUAGGAAGCAAAAGUUUAGUGGGACUACCACAACAGCAUAUGCACAUAGAAAGCCAAAGCGCAUCAAAUCUUUGAUAGAACCAGUGCUCGUAAUAACAAGACCAAUGUCGCAUAUGGGAUUCCAAGGUGCCCGGCAUAUGCAUCCGGAGCGCCUGCCAACAAAACAACGCGAAAAAGCAGUGUCUCUUCGGCUCUUCGACCUGGAGAAGGAAACCAUAGAAAAUGUUCAAAACCUGGCAGAGACUAUAAAGAGAUUGAUGAUACCAAGUUUAAACAUAAAAUCUGUUCCAGAUCACUUAGUAAACAAACUCGUCAACCUAGAAAAAUUGGACUUGAGUCAUAACUGCAUUCCCGACGGAGGACUUCCAGAUUCGAUGAAGGUGCUGGAAAACCUUGUUGAACUCAACCUAACUGAUAACCGGCUAACGCGGGUACCGGCCUCACUGAAGAAGUUGAAGUGUUUAUCACGGUUAGACCUAAGUUACAAUAACAUAGAAUCAUUAAAAGGUCUCGAAAAAUCAAGACGUGUUCAAAUAUUGGUCGUGGACCACAACAAGCUCUCAGGGGUGUUCAAAGACAUUAGCCACAUGAAAAAGCUCGAAGUGUUCCGAUGUAGCAAUAACAACAUUCGGGAUAUAGGAACAGAUGUACGUCAACUGAAAAGCUUGAAGGACAUGGAUUUGUCCUGUAACAAAAUUGUCGUUUUACCUACGGACGUGUUCAUGUUACCAAAACUGGAUGCUUUGAAUGCUAGUCACAACAAAAUCACAAAAGUGUCCUCCUUCAACGUCAGAGUUCACAAUAAACAUUGGGUGUCCGAUGUGGACUUAUCAGAAAACGACAUCACCAAUUUCCCGGGUCAUCUGCUACAAAUGUCUAUAAAACUAGACUUGAGUAAAAACCAAAUAAAAAAACUUGAUAUGAACGCCAUGAAACAAUUAGAGCGGAAUCCUGAUCAGGAUUUGUUUGUUGACGACAAUCCUUUGACGUUUCCUCCUCCGGAUGUUACCGGGAUGCGUUCAAUUCUUCAGUACAUGCACGAGGCGCGAAUUAACGCCACGGUGUAUAGAGGUGUGAAAGUGGUGGUGCUAGGCUCUACAAAGAGUGGUAAGACGAGCUUGGUGCAGUCUUUAGUAGAUCAGCAAGGUCGACUAGUAGACAAUGCGAGUGAGAUCAAUGCAGGUGUUGAGGCUUAUGACAUGCGGAUAGACUACGAGGAGCACAAGGCAGAGCAGGGCAAGUAUUUGCAGUUCAGCAUCUGGGAUUUUUGUGGUGAUCCUUUCUAUCUGUAUCCCCAUUACGUAUUCCUAGAGCAACCUUCCAUUGCAGUAUUGACUUUUAACAUGAAGCAAUACUCGUCGAACAAGUUCGACGAUAUGAUCGGAUCGUGGUUUGACUGGAUGAUAGCAAAAACCAACAGACUGGUCGUACUACUAGUAGGAACACAUAGUGACCUUGUGUCAGAGUCGCGUCUGAAGCAGAUAACAUUCGAUGUAAAAGCACGAUUAGACACCUUCAGACAGCAACAUGAGAACCUCAUCAAGCGACGAAUAGCAAAGAUUGACGCUAUUCCCGAAAUCAAGGCAACUCACUCGGAUCAACUUAUCGCUCUCAAGAGACUACUCUCCUGUAUGGAAACACUUCAGAUACAAACAGAACUCAUUGUAACAAGUGCAAAGGAGUACGUUGGAUAUGAUCAGCUUCGAUCAGCUCUGGACGAACUGGCCAACAACAAAAGACUUUUCCCGGACGUUAUGUCUGUUGUACCGACAUUUUGGGUCGAAGUUCAAAACUAUAUUGAAGAAAAGGGAAAUACAAUGAUUGUGCCAAUCAUGAAAUACGACGAUUUCUUUGAUGAAAUCACUGAUAAAUUUGGCAUGAAGAGGAUGAUGAAGGAUAUUACUUGCUAUCUCCAUGAGACUGGUCGAGUCAUCUGGUUUGCUAAUAACCCUGUCCUCUCCCAGUAUGUGUUCAUCAGACCCUCUUGGUUAUUUGAGCUGCUCAGACAUGUUUACAGACAUGAUCAGAUGGCUGUGCUUAACUACGACACAAAUGAUUCAUUCAAGGCUAUCGGGUUCAGCAUCAACCGCUUUGAGCGCUACAAGAAGUUGCUUCUCGAAGAGGGAAUCAUGGAAUCCGAGUUGCUGAGAGGAAUUUUGGGACAUCUGCUUCCUAUGGACGACAACGGUCCUUUCAGCAUUGUGGAAACGUUACUCAUCGACGCUUUCCAGGUCGGUUAUCCCAUUCAAAGAAGGAAGGACAACACAUACAGGUUCCAUGUUGAUCCAGACGAAGACGGUAAUAUCCAAGUGACCAAAAUACUCAUGCCCUGGCUCCGAAAAGUAGAUGAAUCCAAGGAUUGCCUGGAAAAAUGGGACAAAAUCAAAAACAGGAAAAAAUUAGUAGCUUUGUUACAAUUUCCAAAGUACAUGCCACCGGGAUUGUUUGAAAUCAUUAGUGUUCGCUGUCAAAAAAAGAAAAAGAACAAUUUGAAAUAUCUGGCACAAUGGGGAGGGGGAGUACUUGCCGAGCACACUGAGGAGAUUGUACUUGUUAAAAUCAGUUACUGUCAGAGCAGUAACGGAAAAGGAACCAACCUCAAGUUUGAGGUUCGUGAUAACACCAAAGAGGACGCAUAUGAAGACACGCCACCCUCCAAUAUGUGGACUGUUCUACUGCCGCUUCUGAUGGAAUUCGAGGGGGUUAUCAAAACCUAUCAUGGUGUUCUGGUGGAGAGGCUAAUGCACUGUCCCCGCUGUGAGGAACCCUCCUUUAUUGGGGAGUGGCUUACCCCUUCUGACACACAGACGCUAGAAACCAAAGAAUGUGAUAUGUGCAAAGAGCACGUUGACCCGGCAUAUCUCGUCCAACCACGCGAGAAGAAGCGAGACCGAAUAAAUGAUGUCCUCGCCAACCUAAGCAAGGUUCGCGCCAGGAGGAAGGCGGCGUUGAUUAAGGGUAAGACCCUGCAGUCAAUGCUCCUGGAUGACGAGGAUGUCGUAGAGGAAGGUGGCGAUGAGAAGGACGACGAUGCCCCGGCACUUGGAGGACGUCGGCGGGGAGGGGUACUUCCUCCCCCUGACCUCUCUAUCCUGGCCGUACCCCCGGGACUAGCAUUUGCUGGACUGGGGGCGACUGACGACCAACCACCGGAGGCGGAUGCAGGAGAGGCAAUAAAAGAAGAUGAGAUGAGGGAGGAGGAAGAACACGAAUAUAACGACGAUGAGGGACCUCCCUCUAAUCUGGCCUCUGACCUAGCCGCUUUUCAAGAUCGUCUUCGAAUGUUAGCUACGCAAGCAAAUCCAGAUAUGCAGUUUGAGGAUGACGAAGAGGAUGACGAAGAGGAAGACGAUGAGGAAGAGGAACUAUAUUUUGAUGAAGACAAUGAGGAUGGAGACACUAAACAGAGGAAAUGCACAAUAGAUGGAUCAACUCAGACAUCAAGAAGACGUUGAAAAACAAAUGUCGUAAAGAAUGGCACAGGCUCUUCAAUGUGAUUGCGUCAGAAACCUAUGACAGUAGGACUAAUUUACAAUGAUAUGUUGAUUUAACAAAUAUAAUAGGCUGCUUAUCAACACGUACAGAAAAAAAGUAUGAUUUAUAUGAGGAAAACAAUUGUAUGCAACAUUACGUUUUAACUGAUCUUAAUAACAUCUUUUAUUUGAUAUUUAAAGAACACCUAAUGUAUAAUUGCAGGGAAUCAAACACUAAAACGAACUUAUUAUUAUAAAUUGGGUUAUGACAUUCACAUAACCUUCUCCUUAAUGUAGUGAAAAUAUUAUGAAAUACCCAGUGUACGUUGAACAUGUAUUCAAAACUGCAAAUCAUAUAGUUAUUCGUUAUGUAGUAUAUACAUACAUAUUUCAUUUGCCACACAUUUUCAUUUGCUAGUGCAUAGUAAGUACGAUGAAAUCUAUAAUUCAAUAUUACGAUAUACAUGCAUAAAUGAAUGACAUCUCUGAAUGUUAGGCAUCAAAGACAUUUCAAAACAACAUGUAUUAUCAAAUAUCAAAUAAAUGUAUCAAAGACAACACAAAUCGCCGACGGUAAGGUAUUUAAAACAUUUAUUUCGUAAUGAAAGGAGAGGAUAGUGAAUGAAGUAUAAAGUCGAUAUGUACAAGUAAGAGUUCCAGUUCAAUAGAUUUCAUAGUAUUUGACUACCGAAUGUAAGAUUUUAUCUCGGAAAGGACUUCAGUUAGAAAAGUUAUAUCAAUAGUUUGCAACAGUUCACAAACAAAAUGAAAAAACAAGCUACGUUAGAACACAUCUAGUUAUUGAGUGGGCACGUAUCUUAUAAACGUCAACUAAUUAGCAUGUGUUUAAUUAUCUAGUUAAAAUGCAUCUUAUAAACAUAUCCAGUAAACAUGUAUCUAAUUAGCAUAUGUUAUCUAUUUAACACGUAUACAAUUAGUAUAUGUUAUCUAUUUAACACGUAUACAAUUAGUAUA